UCAUUUAAUAGGAAAUAAAGUAUCAUAGGCAAGCAUAACUUAAAGGAAAUAUGCACUAAUCCGGAAUGUGUUGGUGCCGUGACACAAAAUGACACAUACUGUAAGGUGACAGGAGUCAAUAUGUGGUGCGUAUUUCGGGGUUUAGAGUUUGGUACUAUCAUUGCCUGUUGACAGAGUAAUCAAUUUGGAGCGACAGAAUUGCUUUUAUAUUUGUCAGUUAAGAAAAGAUUUCAUAAAUAUUUAAACAAUGGAGUCUCGCCCAUGUGCAGUAAUAGCCAGCUGCACUAGCACACACCCAGAAGAUAUAAUAAAAUCAAUUCUGGGUGUAGAGGAACUUCCAGACUAUACAGAAGUGGAAGAUGGGAUAAAGGCAUAUCCCUGGCAUAUAGAUACAAAGUACUACACAGCAGAUGUAAACCUGUGUGCUGUUGAGAAGAAAACCUUGGGCAGUGAAGAUUUUGCUGUUUCUGUUGAAGCAAUAGUUGUUCACUUUGACAGCAACAGGAGUGAUGGUCUUUCUGCUGUUGAAGGUUGGUUAUCAUUCCUUAAGGAGUUUGAGCCUGAAGUUCAAAUAUUGCUAUGUGAUCGAUGUGAGGAGGAACCCCCUGAAGGACUGGCCAGAGUCACAGUGCAAGAAUGGUGUGUUGAACAAGGCUUUGAAUUGGUGGAACUCAAUCCAGAUCUUGACCCGGAGUGGGAAGCAGAACAAGAUUUCCUGGAAACUACUGGUGUGAAACGAGUUAUCCAAGCUCUACAUGCUCACCUUUGGCCAAAUUUGCACAUGAAAGGUAAGCCCCAGCAGCUAUCUCGAACAGUCCAAUCAAUGUUAGUGGGUAAUGCUCCCACAACACCCACAAAUGGCAACAGUGAUGAGGAUGCAGACCAGGGGUCUACUCUUGAUAACAGUUCUUUUUUUGCAGCUACAUGUACAGAGGAACGAAUAGAUGAGUUACUUGGUGAUAGUGGUGGUGUAGCAGGUUUCUCUUCUUUAUUUGAACAACUGUGUACAAUGAAGGAGCGAGUCUCUAAACUUCCAAGUGACCAAAGAAGAGCUUGUGCUGAACAGGUUGUAAUGGCAUUUUGGAAAGCAAUAGGUGGAGAUGAUGAUGAGUUAUCAGGUCUUGGCUCAAACUGAAAUAAAUGAGAAGGGACAAGAGUUGAUGUUUCAUCCAAGGAUGUGAUUACCGCAACUCAUUCUCCGAAUGAAGAACCACGUUUGAUAUGAAAUCGUGAUGUUCCAAAUUUCUUCAGAGAGGAUAUCUUGUGAUUCUUAGCUUUCUCCGAGUAUUAUAUUUAUACCACUUUUGUCAUAUCAGUACUGAUGUGAGGAAGCAGAAAAGUUUUCUAGUCGAUUACAUCUGUAUUCUGAUGUUGAUAGGGCAGUAUAUUGUUGGGAGCAAUAUAAAUCUUUUCUAGGAACUAUACUUUAGUCAUAUGUAAAGGAACUGUGUGAAAACAUUAACACCUGUGUACCAAUCUCCUAUGCCGAAGAGCUAUUGGUGUCUUUGAAUCAAACUUAAUUAAAAUAAAUAUUUGGUAUUUGUUUUCCCAGGUGCUAUCAUCACUGCCUGAGAAACUGAAUAUUUUUCCAAAGCAGUUUUGGACUUGACAACUUCAUUGAUAUUUGUUUUGUGAUCCAGAGAUAUACCCUCUGUUUCUUGUACAUAAAAAAUGGUAUUUUUUGUUUUAAUUCAAUACUGAAUUGUAAUUCUCUAGAAUAUCAUGUUCCUAAUGAAAGUAGGAAAUGGAAACUCUUCUCUUUGAUUUGGUAACAUAGAGACCAGUGUAUACAGUAAAUAUCUCGUUUCACAUAGUGUAUUAUAGUUUUUCAUUUUUAAUGCAUUUUUAGAAAAUUUAGCAAACUUAAACAUGAUAUGCAUGUAGUCUAAAAAGAGACAAUUUAUCUUUUGUACCACGUUAUGGGAGGUACAUUCUUGUUACUCUGCUGCAGUAAAUUCUGAUGUGUAAUAAAACUGGAAGUGCAUGUGAUCAGCAUGUAAAUAGUUUAUCUUGAGAAGACAGUUUUGCUUGGAGUAUUUAAUAGCUUGAGCAUUGGGAAGUUAUAUCUGUGCAAUAUUAAUCUGCUGUAGUGUAUGUCACAAUUGUAUCAUGUUGUUAUAUUAUUAUAGUCUUAGUUUCAAAGCUAAUUUCAUGAUUCAGAACUUACCUUGCUCUGUUGUCUCAUUUCAAUUGAAACACUAUUUUUUGUUUCAUGCAAGUGAAGGAUUCUGUAUGUCUGUCUGGUCAUUGACAGUCACAUUUUGUAAAAUCAUUGAUUCUAUAAUAUAUCAAUUGAAAAAUGAUCUGUAGAAGUUCUUAGUUUGUGUAUAAUGAAAAUAUAAAAUUAAAAACAAAUAUUGUUAAUUAUGAUAUGGACAGAUUCUUAUUGUUAGUCUGUACUUUUGCUAUCCUAGACAUCACUGUAAGAUAUAGCACUUUGUAUGCUGUUACAGUUUUGCCAAAAUGCUAGUGCUAAUGAAUGUCAUUACGGUCAUCAUAGACAGCUUCUCACAUCUUUGACUGUGCCAGAAUAAAAGAAGUUUUGUACAUUAGAGCAUCAUGAUACUGUGUUAUUUUGCAUUACUGUUGUUACGUUGUUCUUGCUUUAUGAUGGAAUUUACCUUAGUGUAUGCUGUUUUCAGUGCACUUGGACUUUAUGUAACGUAUUCAUUGGUGCCUCAAGUAGUAAAGGGUACAGCAAUCAGUUGGGUGUGGCCAUCUUUAGUGCUUAAAGACAUAUGAAGAACCAGUUACAAUAUUUUUGAUGCGUUGACACAUCUAUUAACAUUAUUUUACACUUUGUACGUUUUAUCACUUUCUUUUAUGUUUAAAAAAAUGUGUACGUAAAACAAGUAAGGUGUUUGUGACUAAAAACAGUGAUUAAUGUUUUACAGUUACACUAGAUGGUAGUUGGGUGAACUGUCAGUGGCACUGAUAAUUGCUGCACACUUUACAACUGAACGGUUAGGGAGACAAUUAUUGAACUAUAUGAAAUAAAACAGUCAUAACUUUUGAACAGUUUGUAUUAGGACUUUCAAACUGCACAGUUGGCUGCGGGGCAUGAUGGGAAUUAGUAUGCGCUGUUUGAUUUGGUUUAGCAAUGUAGCCCACUUCCAUUUGGAUGGGUUCGUCAAUAAGUAAAAUGGUGCAUUUGAGGGACUGGGAAAAGGCAUUUCGCGAUCAAGAAGUCUCUUCACCCUCAACAGGUGACUGUGUGGUAUGCAAUGUCCAGACACGGAAUAAUAAGUGCAAUAUUCCUUGUUGGCACUGUGACUACCAAUUGGUACGUGAAGGUUUUGGAAGAUGAUUUCAUCCCCUUUAUCCAAAGUGAACCCUGCCAGCAAGAUGUGGUUCUUGCAGGACAGAGCUCGACUUCAGCAAAGCAGGUGACUGCAUUCUAGCUCUGGGAUACCCAGAGGCUACUGACAUUGGCCUUGGUUGGUCGCCAUAUUCUCCAGAUCUGAAGAUAUGCAACUCCUUUUUGUGGGGCUAUAUUUCAAGACAAGGUGUACAGCAAUAGCCCCAAAACCAUUGCUUAGCUGAAAACAGCCAUUCAGGCGGUCAUCGACAGCAUCGAUGUUCCGACAAUCCAGUGUGUCGAGGAGAAUUCCGCUAUUCAUCUUUGCCACAUAUCAAACAUGUCGUAACCGAAAUCCGAAUAUCUGUAGUGACGUUUACAUGUUGAAUAAAGUGUGUGCACACUACAGUUUGUAACUAAUUUAAGUUUUUUUUUCACAUAGUUCAAUAAAUGUCACCCUGUAGUUUAAAAAUACAAAACAAUUUGCUCAAAAUACCUAAGUUACUCACUUUUCAUUAAAAACCGUGUUGCAUACUAGGCACAGUUGAAGGAAUUGGAACAGACAAGAGUGGUGAUCCACGUUACUGCACCAGAAGCGGUAUGUCAAAAGGCUCAGAAAUCUUUCCACUUUAAAAUAACUUCUCUCAUAAGUCUAACAUAAAAGAUACAUUAUAAUUUACAAGAUUUGUGUUAAAAUUAAUAAACUUUCAACUACUUCAUGUAAUAA